AUGACUGCUCCUGCUGUAGAAAAAGCUGCAGGUGAAGAAAAUGAAGCUGGGUCUGGUACUGAAACUGAUAGUGAUGAUGAAAUACCCGAGUUAGAAGAAGCUCAAGGUGUGAGCCAAAAUGUUAGUGAGGUGGCAGCUGCUGCUGGUGUAAAAGAGGAAACUGUGAGUAAAGCAAAGCAAAGCCGAAGUGAAAAGAAGGCUCAGACUGUACAAAAACUAGGACUGAAAGCAGUUACUGGAGUUACUCGUGUUGCAAUCAGAAAAUCAAAGAAUAUUUUAUUUGUUAUUGCCAAACCAGAUGUUUACAAAAGUCCUAAUGGUGAUACUCACAUUGUUUUUGGGGAAGCAAAGAUUGAAGAUCUAACCCAAACAGAACAAAUGAGGGCUGCAAAGAAAUUUGAAGCACCAGAAAAGCUGAUGUCAGAAAUCAGUGAAGUAAAAGAAGCAGCAGAACAGGGGGAAAGUGAUGAUGAAGAGGUUGAUGAAACUGGUGUAGAGACAAAGGAUAUUGAACUGGUAAUGCAACAGGCAAGCGUUUCGAUCAAAGGCUGUGAAAGCAUUGAAAAAUAAUAAUAAUGAUAUUGUAAAUGCAAUCAUGGAGCUGACGAUGUGAUGGCCAUCAUGUUUUUGCUAAAGUUAAUUAUUUUACACAAAAGAAUGUUUAAAAAAUGUAAAUUUAUGGUUAUUACAUCCAUUCUUUUAUUGUUUUCA